AUGAGUGAGCUUCAAAAGAAGUGGGCAAAGGCGAGGCUCGGUAGCCAGGCGUUAGGACAGCCACCAGCAGAGAUACCGACAGCAACGACGAUGCCAGUGCCCGAGUUCAAUGAGGCGGACGAAGACAGAGAAGUGGCGGGCCCCAGUCCAGGCGGAUUUCCCUUUGACGACGACUCCUCAUCAGCGUCUUCUGUGUCAUCGACAGGAACCGUGAUCCCUUCUCCUGGAAGGGCUCUAUUUGCACGGCCGCAAGGGUUUGCAAGUCGGUCCAUGGACCCAAUCCCUUGGACAACUUACUUUGAACGAGAACUCUUUCUUAAGGAAGAAGCUACAUCCGACGGUCAAAGUAACGACAAAUCACAGAAAGUUACCCAUCACGCUUACCUCACCUCCCCAGUUGGCAAAGGUCCCCUCUUCGUCGCCCACCAUGGCGCCGGUUCCUCCGGCCUCUCCUUCGCUGUUCUCAGCGCCGAGAUUCGUAAACGUCUACCCAACGCCGGCAUCCUCUCACUCGACGCACGCGGUCAUGGCUCAACAACAAUCACCACCACCACCCCUUCCCCAGAAGGAGGAGAAACUGCAAAGGAUCAAGCAUCACCACCACCACCACCACCACCACCACCACUAGACCUCAGCCUUUCCACCCUCGCUACUGACCUCUUCACCGUCAUCCAGCUCACAAAGACCACCAUGCACUGGCCCGAACUCCCGCCCAUAAUUCUCGUGGGGCACUCCCUCGGCGGCGCCGUCGUCACCGAGCUCGCCAAAUCCUACCGUCUCGGCCCCUCGCUCCUCGGCUACGCCGUGCUAGACGUAGUCGAAGGCAGCGCCAUGGACGCCCUCCAAAGCAUGCAAACCUACCUCUCCACGCGUCCCACCGGGUUCGCGACCCUAAAAGACGGAAUCGAGUGGCACGUGCGAUCACGGACGAUUCGGAACUCGACGUCAGCCAGAACAAGCGUGCCCGGACUUUUGGCACCCCUGGAAGAGUUGCAGAGGCAGCAGCUGCAUCAGCCGAGAGGGGUGGCGGGGACGGAGGGGACGGCGAAGCCGUGGCGGUGGAAGACGGAUCUGGCGGCCACGCAGCCGUUUUGGGAGGAGUGGUUUAAGGGGCUGAGCAAGAAGUUUUUGGAGGCGAAGGGGGGCAAGAUGUUGUUGCUUGCGGGGACGGAUCGGUUGGAUACGGAGUUGACUAUUGGGCAGAUGCAAGGUAAAUACGCUUUGCAAGUAUUCCCCGAAGCAGGACACUUCAUUCACGAAGACUUGCCGGAGAAGACGGCGAUUGCGCUUGUGGACUUCCAUAGGCGCAAUGAUAGGAGUCAGCUGGUGCUCCCACCCAAGGUAUCGGAUCUGUUAGCUCAGGGAAAGAGAGUAUAG